CACGACUGGACAUACACGCACAGUCCGCCUUUUUUAAAAAGUUUUUUAAAUUAUUUAUCGAUCGGUGUGCGUUCUUUUUUAAACACCUGAGUUUAAAAUAAAAAUAAAGCUGUGAAAACUUUUUAAAAUAAACUCUACUAAAGUUACAAAAACUUUUUUUGUUACCGGAAGUGAAAAAUAUACUUUUAUUAGGUUUUUUUAAGUGCAACUUCUAUAAUAAAUAUUUACAAUGGAGCCUGUAGCCAAUCAGGGGUCAAAGCCCGUAGAUUUGAACGAUGUAGAGAUGAUUGGAAGUCCAAAUCAUGCAAAACCUACUGGGCCUGACGUACACAUGAUUGCGAAUGAGAAGAAUCAUAGCAUAGAAACGUUCAACGACAAGUCAGGCGUGGACGAGGUGGAGACAGUCCCUACACAGCCUCUUCUGGAACCUGAUAAAGAACCACAAAAGCCACCACUUGCUGGUCCAGAGAGUGACGACUUGGAAGGAGACGAGAAGGCGGGUGACAACAAGACCCUGAUAUCCGGCAUCGAUGACGGACUCCUGGACCCAGAGAAGAAGCCUGAUGGAAUCCAUGGAGGCAACCCGGAUGACCCAGAGAAGGAGCUGGUUGGCGACGGCGCCACCACCGAGGACGGUAAAUGGUGGCAGCAUGUGGACGAACUAGACUACCCUACUUUCGAUGGCACAAAUGGCAUAUCGUCACGGGCACACUUCGACGAUCGACCGCAAUCACCGAUGAUUGGGUCAAUCCCCGACGUGAACACGUACCAGCAGAAGAAGAACUUGGCUCAAGGGAUGAUGGACCUGGCGCUACUCUCAGCCAACGCCAACCAGCUGCGAUACGUACUCGAGUCUUCAGCGUCGCAUCCAUACUACUACUCCAGUCUUACCUUCAUUUCUCUUAGUAUAAUUCUACAGAUCGGCGUGGGCAUAGGCCUAAUAAUGAACAGCCGCUACAAUGUCAAGGACGAAAAGGACAUCUGCAAAGCAGACAAGAUUAACAACAUGACUGUCUUGGGCGUCUUCCUCAUCACAAUCACCAAUGUUUUCAUCACCUCCUUCAGUGUAGCCACACCUAAUUCUACAACAACUGCUGUACAGACUACGGACGGGUCGGGAUAGUCACAAGUUUAAAAAACCAAUGGAUAAAUCUUAUUUAGCGUCUGGUAAAUGAAAAAAGAAAAAAAAAAGCUUUUUAUUUUACUUUAUGUUGUCUAGCCAGAUUUUUAUUUAAAUAAAAUUAAAAUCUAUUUUGUUUACCAGACUCAAUUAAUAUUUAUUGUUUUAAGCAUAAUAUUAUGAUAGGUAGUGUUAAAUUAGUAUAAUUCGUGUCGAAAGCCAACUUUACUGACCGGAAGUGGACUAAAGCAACACGGGCUUCCGGCGGAUUCGAAGGAAGUAGUCAUUGUCAAGAUAAUGCAAGAAUUUAUAAUUUA